AUUCAACUGUACGAGUGCUGUCACAUUUGUCGCAUUCCCAUUCGACCUAUUAGAUUCACUUGUACUGUAUCCUAACAUGUCAGGACCACCGCCGCAGCCGUCGAGGACGACGAGCGUAGGCCCUCAGAAUGGCCCUUCGACUCCUCACCAACCUCCACCGCAAACUGCGCAGCCGCAAUCGCAGCAGAAUCUAAACCAAAUUGUACUGGAAUAUCUUGCGAAGAAAGGCUACAACCGGACGGAAGCAAUGCUGCGACGAGAGAGUGCUCACGCAGACUCCGAAGGUCGACCUAUCAUUCGCAGAGCCGAAGACGCUGGCGGAGACAUGUACGAAAAGGCCUACGAACUUUUGUUGAGAUGGGUAGAGAAGUCUCUGGAUAUCUACAAGGACGAGCUUGGUCGGUUACUAUGGCCCAUCUUCGUACAUUCUUUCCUCAACUUGGCCGCAAACUACUAUCCUCGUCAAUGCACGACCUUCUUCAAAACAUACAAGGACGCUUUCGAGAAGGAGCAUCAAGACGAUGUUCGCGCUCUUCAGGCCAUCAGUCUGCCAGAGCAUGUCCAGAGUAACCACAUCGCAAAGCUCUAUCGCGAAAACCAUUACAGACUCACAAUCACCGAUCUUGCCUACUCGGCUCUGUUGCAGUUCCUAGAAGCGCACGACACCGAGGGUGGAUCUGUUAUCCUUAACUUACUCACAAAUCACAUCGAGCUGAAGCACAUUGAUCGAGUGGCCUCGGGAGCUGAGCGUAGUCUUGCAAGGAUCCUUGCCAAACAAAGAGGCAUCUCAGAUGUACCUGCAGAGGACGAGGGUAUUCCUGGACACAAUCCUGGUUCCGCAAACACAGACAAAAAUGCGCCGCCAGUUUUGGCAAAACUCGCACUCGCGCCGAUGCCCAUGGAGGCAGACUUGAUGGAAGAUGUGAAAGCGGAAUUACAAGAGCACGACUCGCUACAUCCAGCUCCUCCAGGCAGAAACACGCUAGUUGAGGAAUUCGAGCAGCGCAUCAAGCAAGAACCGAACGACGACGCUCCAUCACGCGAACAAAUUCCCUUUCCUCCAUCUCUCGCUCGUGACGUCGCAAUGGAGGUGCAAAGAAUCAAGGAAAAUCGCGACAGAUUCAAGAUCGAGAGCAGAACAGAUGGCGUCGGGCCGGGUGUUAGUGUGACGAUGUUCACCUAUCACAACACGUUUGACAGCAUCAACUGCAUCGAGUUUUCCGGUGACGAGAAGCUCGCAGCUGUUGGAACAGCAGAAUCCUACAUCCGAGUCUGGUCGCUUGACAACAAGCCUCUGGUCUCCCCCCUUGACCCUCCUACCCAACAACCAUCUUCAUCACGACGCCUAAUAGGACACUCCGGCCCAGUCUAUGGCCUUUCUUUCUCACCAUCUAUUGCUGUUCCCGGAACAGCUGCGCAAACAAACGGCACCGCCGAUGACUCUCAAACAUCACCCUCUCAUCCUCGCUACCUCCUUUCGUGUUCUGCAGACAGCACCAUCCGUUUGUGGUCGCUAGACACUUUCACCAACCUAGUAGCAUACCGCUCCCACACUUCACCCGUCUGGGAUGUGAAGUUCUCUCCUUUCGGUCACUACUUUGUUUCCAGCGGCGCAGACAGAACAGCACGUAUGUGGAGCACAGCACAGAUUGCGCCCCUGAGACUGUUUGUUGGUCAUGACAGCGACGUAGAGGUCAUCUCAUGGCAUCCCAACUCGGCCUAUGUCUUCACAGCCGCAGGCAGCCCAGACCGUAGCAUCCGCAUGUGGGACGUUCAACGCGGUAGUGCGGUUCGUCUGUUCACCGGUCAUACAGGAAAUGUGACUAGCAUCGCCUGCGCGCCCAACGGUAAACUCGUUGCCAGCGCCGACGAUCGCGGCGAAAUCCUGCUCUGGGAUCUGGCAACUGGUCGUCUGGUUAAGCGCAUGAAGGGACACGGUCGUGGCGGUAUUUGGACUCUGGAUUGGAGCAUCGAGAGCACCGUCCUUGUUUCUGGCGGCGCUGAUUGCACAGUCAGAGUCUGGGACGUGCAGCCACCUACUGUGUCCAACAGUUCUGACGCAAAGGCUCUCGCCGAUGGCGGCAUGAACAGCAAAGAUGGCGGUGCUGGAGCUGGAGGUGCAGCCACCAACAAGAGCAAAAAGGCCAAGGACGUCAUUGUCUCGCCUGAUCAGAUCAGUGCUUUCCCAACCAAGAAGAGUCCGGUCUACAAGGUCAGAUUCACGCAGAUGAACUUGGUCAUGGCCAGUGGCGCCUACUUGCCUUGAUCGGAUGAGAAGUCCACGGAAUAGUAAGGGAAGCAUCACGGCGUUUCAUCUUCUAGUCAAUAGGGUAACGGAGGGUUUUGCAAAAUGGCUCUAGGCGCAUGGGCUUCCUGCUGUAUACUAACCACAAAAUUAGGCAGAUGCGACGGGCAAGGCUUAUAUAGCGAUAUCAAACAGAGUUUAAAAAUGCAGAAAACUAAUUGCAUACUUGGUG